AUGGAUUUCCUGCUGCUCGGUCUCUGUCUACACUGGCUGCUGAGGAGGCCCUCGGGGGUGGUCUGGUGUCUGCUGGGGGCCUGCUUUCAGAUGCUGCCCGCCGCCCCCAGCGGGUGCCCGCAGCUGUGCCGGUGCGAGGGGCGGCUGCUGUACUGCGAGGCGCUCAACCUCACCGAGGCGCCCCACAACCUGUCCGGCCUGCUGGGCUUGUCCCUGCGCUACAACAGCCUCUCGGAGCUGCGCGCCGGCCAGUUCACGGGGUUAAUGCAGCUCACGUGGCUCUAUCUGGAUCACAAUCACAUCUGCUCGGUGCAAGGGGACGCCUUUCAGAAGCUGCGCCGAGUGAAGGAACUCACGCUGAGUUCCAACCAGAUCACCCAACUGGCCAACACCACCUUCCGGCCCAUGCCCAACCUGCGCAGCGUGGACCUCUCCUACAACAAGCUGCAGGCGCUGGCGCCCGACCUCUUCCACGGGCUGCGGAAGCUCACUACGCUGCACAUGCGGUCCAACGCCCUCCAGUUCGUGCCCGUGCGCAUCUUCCAGGACUGCCGCAGCCUCAAGUUUCUGGACAUCGGAUACAAUCAGCUCAAGAGCCUGGCGCGCAACUCCUUCGCCGGCUUGUUCAAGCUCACCGAGCUGCACCUGGAGCACAACGACUUGGUCAAGAUGAACUUUGCUCAUUUCUCGCGCCUCCUUUCCCUACACUCCCUCUUCGUACGGAGGAAUAAGGUGGCCAUCGUGGUCAGCUCGCUGGACUGGGUUUGGAACCUGGAGAAGAUGGACCUGUCUGGGAACGAGAUCGAGUACAUGGAGCCCCAUGUGUUUGAGACGGUGCCGCACCUGCAGUCCCUGCAUCUGGACUCCAACCGCCUCACCUACGUCGAGCCCCGCAUCCUCAACUCCUGGAAGUCGCUGACGAGCAUCACCCUGGCCGGGAACCUCUGGGACUGCGGGCGCAACGUGUGCGCCCUGGCCUCGUGGCUCAGCAACUUCCAGGGGCGCUACGAUGGCAACUUGCAGUGCGCCAGCCCCGAGUACGCGCAGGGCGAGGACGUCCUGGACGCCGUGUACGCCUUCCAUCUGUGCGAGGACGGCGCCGAGCCCACCAGCGACCACCUGCUCUCGGCCUUCACCAACCGCAGUGACCUGGGCGCCCCCGCCGGCUCGGCCACCACGCUCACUGACGGCGGGGAGGGGCAGCCCGACGGCACGCAGGAGCCGGCCACGGUGGCUCUCCCUGGCGGCGAACACGCCGAGAACGCCGUGCAGAUCCACAAGGUGGUCACAGGCACCAUGGCCCUCAUUUUCUCCUUCCUUAUCGUGGUCCUGGUGCUCUACGUCUCCUGGAAGUGUUUCCCUGCGAGCCUCAGGCAGCUCAGACAGUGCUUUGUCACGCAGCGCAGGAAGCAAAAGCAGAAACAGACCAUGCAUCAGAUGGCUGCCAUGUCUGCCCAGGAAUACUACGUUGAUUACAAACCCAACCACAUCGAGGGGGCCCUGGUGAUCAUCAAUGAGUAUGGCUCCUGUACCUGCCACCAGCAGCCCGCGAGGGAAUGCGAGGUGUGA